AAACACUUCUUCACUGUGUUGAAGUUUCCAAACAACUGGCAAACUUCCGUCAUUAUUUUGCUAUUCAACAUAUAUUUAAACCAGAAAGGUUUUGUACUGGCUGCUGCCAGUUACAUUUACUAGCAUUUCAUUGAGCCUAAAUGUGAUUUAUUCAUCUUUUUUUCUGCCUACACUACUUGUUGUCCAAGAUGAAUGAAGCCAGAAGAUCUUACAAAGAUGGCCACAUGAGCGUGAACGAUUGGGAAGCGUCACAGUUGUGUGUUGACGAGUUUAACACCAGCUGGCCUGACAAAGAACAUUUAAGUUAUGUAUUGGAGUUUCCCAGUGACAAGCACAAAGAGCCUGACUGCAGUCCGCACCCCUUCAUGGCUGCUCCCAGGUCAGCGACGGCCAUCACGGUGACCGUCAGCUCCAAAAAGACUUCUGCUGUUGUGUCUCUGCCCACAAGUGACACAGCUGGUUGUGUUGCUUCUGUGUGCGGACACGCAGGAUCAGCAUGGGACAUGCUGAAAUCUACGAGGCCUGCUUGCUCUGAUCCCGUCAGUGCCGCUGCUCACCUCCACCUGCUCGGAGAAGCCUUGUCCCUGAUUGGACAUCAUCUUAAGGAGACGGACAAAUCCGUGUGUGUGUCUACGAGCUUGUUUCUUCUCUUGGACUCUCUGCUGUGUGCGCUUGCUCCACUAAUGUGCCUCACCUCACAUAUACCAGAACUGCACAGCUGCACAGAGUCCACGCUGCCGUUACCUGGGAGUCGGCACGCACAGAGUUGGUGUGGAUGAGACGCACGCACACUAAGCACCAGCGGGUCCAAGCGAGGCGAAGACGACAACGCCUAAAGCUGCCUUCAAGAGCUCGCAUUUAACCAUGAAUCCCCACAUGCAGCACUAUGGCUCGACGUCCCCGGAGCUGAAGCUGCUGCUGCUGGGCAACAUCGAAUGCGGCAAGACGUCGUCGGCCGACACCAUCCUAAGCCAGCUGACCGACAUGUCCACGGCCACGCCCCGGAGCAUCCAGCUGCGCAAGGACUUCGCCGAGGGCAGGAUGGUGACCCUGGUGGAGGCCCCCAGGUGGUACUGGAACGGCCGGGAAAUGGACGAGAGCGUCAAGAAGGAGACGGAGCGAGCCAUGACCCUGCUGGUGCCAGGUCCGCAUGCGGUUCUGCUGCUGGUGCCUGUCAGCCAAUUCACAGAGAUGGACGGCCAAGUGCCCGCACAGCUGCAGCAGAUGUUUGGAAAAGAAGUGCUGGAGCACACUAUAGUGCUGCUGACCUGUGGAGAUUAUCUCAUGGGAAGAACUGUGGAGGAAUACCUUCUGAAGGAGAAUCCAGGUCUGCGGAAAAUGAUUGGGCUUUGCGGGGGGCGUCACCAUGUCAUCAAUAACCGUCAGCGGCAGGACCGGGCGCAGGUUCGAGAGCUUCUGGACAAGGUGGAGGACAUGGUGAGCAAAAGUGGGGUGUUUACCCUCAAAACGAGGGAGGAGAGGGAGAUGGAGGAACGCGUGCAGCAGCGGAAGAGAGAGCUGAUGGAAAGUUUCCGAAAGCAAAAGGAAGAGAAAGGGGAAGCUCCGGCAUCCAGAUACACGUCGAACGUAGACUCACCGAGGAAUGUCGAGAGAGUGGAGUCGUACAGAGAUGCCAGGGAGAGGAGGGGAGAAGUCGAGCUAGACCGCAUCAACGGGGGAGUUUCUGAGAUGCUUCAGUUCAAUCCGGCAGCUUCAACACCAGGCGGGUGGCAGUCGGGCCGCAUUGAUGACCAGUGGGAGAGGGGCUCCUUUAGACUGAAUUCAGAUGGAGCCAGACUCUCACAAAUGAUAGAGGAGAGAACCUCGCCUAAAGUUGUUUCCACUUUUCAUCACAGAAUCAACAGCUUUGAGGAGUAUACGCCCGAGGGCUCCCCUGAACCUCCAGCCUUGGUCUACGACCCCUCCAUGCCGAACUUUGUCCCGUACCACGCCACAACCCCCGUAUCCUCGCCGUCCUCUCCGGAGCUGCGUCUGGUGCUGCUCGGACGAUCCGGAGCGGGGAAAAGUGCGGCCGGCAACGCCAUCCUGGGGCAGGAUGAGUUUGAGUCCAGACCAGACAGUCUGGUCGCCAUCACUCAGGAGUGUGUCAAGAAGAAAGCAGUGGUUGCUGGAAGAAGGGUGGCAUUAGUGGACACCCCAGACUGGUUCCACUCGGAGCGGACCCCAGAUGAGGUGCGAGCUCAGAUCUCCUCCUGCGUGGCACUGUCCAGCCCGGGACCCCACGCCUUCCUCCUGUGCGUCCCAAUGGACCAGCCAGUCAAGACGGAGCAGCGGGCCCUCGGCGCCCUCGAGUCAGUCUUUGGGCCGGACGUCAUCAGGAAACACACACUGGUCCUCUUUACGCACACCGAUCUUCUGAGGAAGAGCGGGAAGGCUGGCAGCGGCAGCGUAGAGGCGUACAUUGCGGGUCAGCGUGAUGAUUUGUUAAAACUGGUGGAGAGAUGCGGGGACAGGUUCCACGUGCUGGAGAGACACGGCGGUGGCGGAAAUGUGGAGGAGCUUCUGGAGAAGGUGGAGCAGGUCGUGGCCGAGGCCGGGGGGCAGUGUUAUUCCAGCCCCGCUUUCCAAGAGGCCGAGAACCGAGUCCAGGAGAUACAGGCCGAGAUCACGAGGGCGAGGAGACGGAAGACGCAGGAGGAAGAGCAGUUUCGGGGCGAGAGGCGCUCCCUCUACCCUUACAUGCAGACCGUGGCCGAGGCCGAAGAGGAAGUGAGAGAGGAAGAGGUCGAGAGAACACGAGCCGAGGCCGAGAGGAGCGUCAGCGCCAUGAAUAUUGAGAGCCUCCCGCCUAUUACCACGAUGGCUGGCACGUCCCCUUCGAUGUUCGAGUCUGUGAUGGAGAAAGUGCAGUCCAACGCCAAGAUGCUGCCCAAGCUGCUGUCCAGCAGCUCGGUGUGGGUCAGCGACGGGGUGAAGAAAGUGAUGACCGGUCCAGUGUGGGGCUCGGCGGGGAGGGCAGCACAGAACGUACAGAAGACGGUGGCCGGCGGUCCUGUGCGGGGAAAGGUGGGAGCUCAAGCCGCACACGUCUCCGAGCUAGCGGGAGACCGACUCCCCGAGGCGGCGUCGGACAGCUCGGCCUGGGUCCGCUCCGGAGGCGAGGCGGCGGCGGCGAGUCCCAUGUGGGGGAAAGUGGGCUCCCGAGCCAAAGUAGUGGCAGACGGCUCGGGGCGUGUCGCAUCCGGGAUUGGAACUGGAGCAAAGGCUGUGGCCCAGAGUCCCGUGUGGGGAAAGGUUGGUUCCGGGGUCAAAUCCGGUGCCAAACUGGUGGCCAGCGGUUCGGUGCGCCUCGGAACUGGACUGGGUGCCGGAGCAAAGAAGGUGGCCCAGAGUCCGGUGUGGGGAAAGGUGGGCUCCGGGGCCAAAGCGGGUGCCAAAAUGGUCAGCGAGAGCUCCGUGUGGCAGAAAAUGGUGACAAAUGCCAAAAAGGUGCCAAAGGUCAUCAUCGCGGGCGCGUUGCUGGGGUUGGCGCUGGGGGUGUUCUUGGCGGGGGCCAUCGGCGGAGCCGCGGGGGCCGUCGUCGGUUCUGCGGCCACCGAGGUGGCCAGACAAAAGUUCGCCAAGAAAAGCGCGCCAGAAAAGCUUGCGAGUAACGUUGAAAGACGAAUGAACGACACCGUGGAUUCUCUGGUGAAACAAGGAGAGAAAGUGAUGAAAAAAGAAUGAAGGACCGAUUGGAUCAUGUAUGAAAUGGAACGUGUUACACUCGUGGCGCCCGUACGUUUCUUCAUCCACCUCUUAACACCACCUCCAUCACAAUCAUAGAAACCGUCAGUACUGGAGCGGCACGUCACUGUGCAGUUCGGAAUCAAUAUUUAUUCAAUAACAUACCAAAAACAUAAAACAAGUGUAAAUAAAAUACAACACACUCACCAGAUGGUUAUUAAAUGUAUUAAUGUGUGAAGAUCACCACAAAUGUGUUUUGCUGGUCAAAGUUGGCUGGAGCAAGUUUUGCUUUGACCAACUAAUCGGAGGACGGAAAAGUACUGAGAGCGCCAGCGCUCUGAAUUUGAAAUCUGAUUGGUUAAAGAAACUCAUCAGCCAGCACUACUGAUUCUGAAGGCCUCUGGCAAAUUUGAUUGACAUGGCAGCACAUGCAGGGUGAAAUCCGAUUUUUUUUGGGGGCGACGACACAUACACGUACUGGAAGCAGUGGAAUGGAGAGAAGUGCUAUAAAAGGAAAGGAAUGCAUGAAAUAAAUUCAUACACUUUCAUGAAUGUAGCGAAGUAUUUCUGUAGUGUUUCGACCAGCUCGGAACGCACGCGCUACAAAAUCAAAGGCAGGGAAACGGUAUGGACUUGUCUGAUCAGAUUGAAGCGCUUUUAAAACAGGUGCUCGUCUCCAGUGACUACAAUAAUUGCUUGAUGGCUCACCUGUGGUUAGCAUGGCUGCCUCACAGUCCUGAGGUUCUAGGUUCAAAUCCUGGCUUUGACCUUCCUGUGUGGAGUUUACAUGUUUUCUCCCACGUUCCAAAAACAUACCAUUUUGUGGUCAUUGAAGACUAAAUUGUCCACAGGUGUGAAUGUCCCGAAGUCAGCUGGAACAACAAGAACGAGAUCCUGGCACCCUAACGAGAAUAAGUGGCAAAGGAAGUAGUUUCCAUAUUUCACCUAUACGCAAUUCAUGUGUAAAUUUGUGCAAUGGACUUGAGUGAAAUUUAAACUUUUUGGACAUCUGUGCUUGAUUACAAUGGAAAUAAAAACAAUUUAAUAUGA